UUCCAGGAUCUGAAGUCAUUCUCUUCAUUUAUCAUGGCUAUUCUCUCAAGUUCUCAUCAUGAAUCCUUGAAAGCUCAGAAAGCAAUUAAUGAGGAUAUCAGACAAAGACAACCAUACUUGUGGACUGGGAUUUUCAUAUUUGGUUUCUCAGAUUGGCUCUAUGAGUUUUGAUUCCACAGGCUUGCAUUGGCGGUAUAAUUUAAUGGCUAACAGAGUUUUGCUCUUGCUAGCUUUGGCUUCUCGGAACCACCCAAAUUCAUCAACUAGAAUCCUGAGUGAAACAACUGGCCACUUUUUGAAGAAUUUGAAAAGUCAACUUCCUCAGACAAGGAUACUUGCAAUUUCGGCUUUGAAUACACCUUAAAGAAAUCACCGAACAAGCUGUCACCUGGUGAGAAAUCUGCUGUACUCGAGGAUUUGCAAGGCAAUGCCAAGUCAUCCCUUGAAGAAGCUUUAACUCACACCUUUAAUGGCUGAUAUGGCUAGAACAAUUUUGAGAGAUUCUGACAAACACAAAAAAAAAGUGUGUUGCAUGUCAGUGGUUUUUCUUUUUCUUUUUCCCCAACCUUGUUUUUGUUUUAGUCUAUUCUUUACAGUUCAUUUUUGGUGCUUGACCCUGGUGCCAUUUAAUUCUCUGGGGCCAGUCCCUGUACUUUUAGGUAACAAAUAAUGGAAAAAAAUUUCCUUCUUUGUAUGCUACCAUUUUUGUUGUAUGGAAUACAAUUUUUUUU